GCCGAGGCUGCGCCAGGUGGGGCCCGAAGCCGCCUCCCACGCCAGGCAGUCCCCGCGGCCGCCCGGCCUGCUUUCCUUCCUUCCGCCCGCCCGCCGGCCCGCCCCAGGAGUUCACCAAGCCGCAAUGAAGAGCUUCUUACAGUGAAAGGAAAGUAGGUCGCGCCCACUGAAAAUGCCUUUAAGGGACAAAUACUGUCAGACUGACCACCAUCAUCACGGAUGCUGUGAACCAGUUUAUAUCCUGGAACCUGGAGAUGCUCCUUUGUUACAGCAACCACUACAGACAUCCAAAUCUGGUAUUCAGCAAAUAAUUGAGUGCUUUCGAUCAGGAACUAAACAACUUAAGCAUAUUUUAUUAAAAGACGUGGACACUAUUUUUGAAUGUAAAUUAUGCCGCAGUCUCUUCAGAGGAUUGCCAAAUUUAAUUACCCAUAAAAAAUUCUACUGCCCACCAAGUCUGCAGAUGGAUGACAACCUUCCUGAUGUAAAUGAUAAACAAAGCCAAGCCAUAAACGACCUCCUAGAAGCCAUAUAUCCAAGUGUGGACAAGCGAGAAUACAUUAUUAAACUAGAACCUAUAGAAACUAAUCAAAAUGCAGUGUUUCAAUAUAUUUCAAGGACUGAUAAUCCCACUGAAGUCACAGAGUCAAGCAGUACUCCUGAACAGCCUGAAGUUCAAAUACAGGAAACUAGCACUGAACAGUCUAAAACAGUUCCAGUUACAGACACAGAGGUGGAAACUGUAGAGCCCCCUCCUGUUGAAAUUGUUGCAGAUGACAUUGCACCUCCAUCUGAUGAACAACCACAGGAAUCACAGGCUGACUUGGAAACUUCUGACAAUUCUGAUUUUGGUCACCAGUUGAUAUGUUGUCUUUGUAGAAAAGAUUUCAAUUCCAGACGAGGUGUUCGUCGUCACAUUCGAAAAGUACACAAGAAAAAGAUGGAAGAACUAAAAAAGUACAUUGAAACACGAAAGAAUCCAAACCAGUCCUCUAAAGGACGCAGUAAGAAUGUUCUAGUUCCAUUAAGUAGGAGUUGUCCGGUAUGUUGUAAAUCAUUUGCUACAAAAGCGAAUGUAAGGAGGCAUUUUGAUGAAGUUCAUAGAGGACUAAGGAGGGAUUCAAUUACUCCUGAUAUAGCAACAAAGCCUGGGCAACCUUUGUUCCUGGAUUCUGUUUCUCCUAAAAAAUCUUUUAAGACUCGAAAACAAAAGUCGUCUUCAAAGGCUGAAUACAAUUUAACUGCAUGCAAAUGCCUUCUUUGCAAGAGGAAAUAUAGUUCACAAAUAAUGCUUAAAAGACAUAUGCAAAUUGUCCACAAGAUAACUCUUUCUGGAACAAACUCUAAAAGAGAGAAAGGCCCCAAUAAUACUGCCAGCAGUUCAGAAAUAAAAGUUAAAGUUGAACCAGCAGAUUCUGUAGAAUCUUCACCCCCUUCCAUUACCCAUUCUCCACAGAAUGAAUUAAAGGGAACAAAUCAUUCAAAUGAAAAAAAGAACACACCGGCAGCACAGAAAAAUAAAGUUAAACAAGACUCUGAAAGCCCUAAAUCAACUAGUCUGUCUGCUGCAGGUGGCCAGCAAAAAACCAGGAAACCAAAACUUUCAGCUGGCUUUGAUUUUAAGCAACUUUACUGUAAACUUUGUAAACGUCAGUUUACUUCGAAACAGAACUUGACUAAACACAUUGAAUUGCACACAGAUGGGAAUAACAUUUAUGUUAAAUUCUACAAGUGUCCUCUUUGCACUUAUGAAACUCGUCGGAAGCGUGAUGUGAUACGACAUAUAACUGUGGUUCAUAAAAAGUCAUCCCGUUAUCUUGGGAAAAUAACAGCCAGUUUAGAGAUCAGAGCUAUAAAAAAGCCCAUUGAUUUUGUUCUAAAUAAAGUGACAAAAAGAGGCCCUUCAAGAGACGAAGCAAAACAUAGUGAUGCAAAACAUGAUGGCACUUCUAACUCUCCUAGUAAAAAGUAUGAAGUAGCUGAUGUUGGUAUUGAAGUAAAAGUCACAAAAAACUUUUCUCUUCACAGAUGCAAUAAAUGUGGAAAGGCAUUUGCCAAAAAGACUUAUCUUGAACAUCAUAAGAAAACUCAUAAGGCAAAUGCUUCCAAUUCACCUGAAGGAAACAAAACCAAAGGCCGAAGUACAAGAUCUAAGGCUCUUGUCUGAUAACUUCAAGUGAUGUACGAAAAGGUUUGGAGUUCAUUUUUGUGGAAAGACUUUAAAUUGGUGUUAGAACCACUAAACAUCUUCAAAUGGUACUAUGAGGAAAAAAAGAAAAAGUUUUGAUAAAUAUAUGACUGUAACUGCUGUUUUCUGACUAAAAUAAUAACCAUCUAACCACUUGUUUCUAAGGCACUGCCUCUUCCAGCACUUUCAAG